AUGGAUACAAAAGAAAAAUCUUCAACGAAUGCUGAUCAUACGAGCGUAGAGCAACAACACUCUUCUCAUGGCCGUAUAGUGCAGAAUUUCUUGCUAGUCUGGCUCGAUAGUAGCAUCGAUCCAGACGGAAAUGAAGAUUGCAAACAUAUUAUCUCAAAACUAAAAGAAAUUAUUUACAAAUUCGAUGCAUUUACGGAUGUUGAUACGUGUCUUAAUUAUAUCGGAAAAGUUAUACACGAAAAAAUAUUUUUUAUCACGUCGGGUGCAUUUGCACAAACCAUAGUUCCACGCGUACAUGGUAUGUCUCAAAUCAAUACAAUUUAUAUAUUUUGUGGGAACAAAACACGACAUGAAGAAUGGAUUAAACAGUGGCCUAAAGUAAAAGGCGUCUUUACACGCACUGCUCGACUCUGUGAAACCCUUCAACAAGCUGUACAACAAUGUGAUCAAGAUGCGACGCCAAUCAGCAUGUUUGAAACAAAUGAUGUUAAUAGGAAAUUAAAUCUCAAUGAACUUGACUCUUCGUUCAUGUACACCCAAAUAAUGAAAGAAAUUUUAUUAACUAUUCCUUUCGAACAACGUCACGCAAAUGAAUUUCUUAACUAUUGUCGAGAAAUUUUUGCGAAUAAUCCGGAAGAACUUAAGUUCGUCGAACAGCUGGAAGAAAAAUACCAAAAGGAGUUCCCGAUUUUUUGGUAUACCUGUAACUGUUUUUUGUAUGGGAUGCUCAACCGAUCAUUACGGACGAUGGAAAUCGACCUUAUCAUAAGAAUGGGAUUUUUUAUCCGCGAUCUUCAUGGCGCCAUUUUUAAGCUUCAUAGAAAACAAUAUGUUGAACAAGCAAAUAUGACAUCGUUUACUACCUUUCGUGGUCAAGGCCUUUCAAAGACUGACUUCGAUAAAAUGUUCAAGACACAGGGUGGACUUCUGUCAUUUAAUAACUUUUUAUCAACUAGUAAAAACCGUGAAAUAUCGCUUGAAUUUGCUCAGUCAGCUAUAGAAACACCCGAUGUGAUUGGAAUUUUAUUUUCCAUGAAAAUCGAUCCAUCUAUUCCGUCAACACCAUUUGCUAAUAUAUCUACUGUAAGUUACUACAAGAAAGAAGCCGAAAUUUUGUUCUCCAUGCAUUCAAUUUUUCGAAUUGGAGCGAUCGAUAAAAUUAACGGAAAUAGUCGUCUUUGGCAAGUCGACUUAACACUCACCAGUGAUAACGAUCCAGAUCUCCAAUCACUUACUGAACACAUACGAAAAGAGACCUAUCCUCAGCUCGAGGGAUGGGAUCGUUUGGGUAAAUUGCUGAUUAAACUGGGAAAAUUCGACAAAGCCGAAGAUGUAUACGAUAUCUUACUUCUUCAGACAAAGUCAGAUCGAGAAAAAUCACAUCUUUAUCAUAUGUUUGGGAUAGUGAAAGAUGGACAAGGUCAAUAUGCAAAUGUAAUUGCCUACUAUGAACGAGCUAUUGAAAUCAACGAGAAGAUUCUUUCGCCACAGGAUGUUGAUUUGGCUGCUUCUUAUGGUUGCAUCGGUUUGGCAUAUAAUAAGAUAGAUGAUUAUUCGAAUGCACUUUUAUUUCAUCAAAAAGCACUGAAAAUCUAUCAACAAUCUCCUCCUGCAAAUCGUUCUCACGUUGCUGUUUCUUUCAAUAACAUUGGUUCUGUGUAUAAUAGCAUGGGUGACUAUUCGAACGCAUUGUUAUAUUAUCAAAAGGCAGUGACGAUUAAAGAAGACAUCCUUCCUUCACAUCAUCCAAGUUUGGCUACUUCUUACAACAAUAUUGGGUUGGUGUACUCUGCAAUGGGCGACUAUUCUGCAGCACUCUCAUCACACCGAAAAGCGUUAGAAAUACAAGAAAAAAGUCUUCCACCAGAUCAUUCUGAUUUCGCUCCUACCUAUGGACAUAUGGGAAUGGUGUAUUCUAAGAUUGAAGAAUAUCCAAAAGCUGUUUCAUAUUGUGAAAGAGCUCUUGAAAUACUAACAAACUCACUAUCUGAGAAUCAUCCACGUAUUCAAUUAUAUAAAAACAAUCUCGAAUCCGUGAAAAAAAAAGUGUAA